AUGUACGCGUAUCCUGCACUUGGAGAACAUGGCCGGUACACUACUAGACUGCCAUCACGCCGUGUCUUACCCAGUCCCACUGGUGGUGCAACCUUCAGAUCGGCAGAGGAUGGACGACAAGCCUGCGACGAGAAAGGAUCACCUUCGCAGUCCUACGAGAAUCCACCACGCGAUGGACGAACUCCACCUCACUCAUCGAGUCUUCAUCAAGUCACUACGGUCGAGGACAACAGCUCUGUGGGCUCCAACUUGAGAACUCCCGAACUCCCCUCACCUGAUCAAGUGUCAUGUCAUUUGCGAAAGGAGGAUACCCUGAAGCAAAGGCCUACGCGAGCGUCUAGCGCGGCUUCUCACCCAACGCCGCAGCUAGUGUUGACAGAAGCGGAACAUCAGUCUGAGGGUGAUGAGCUGUUUACAGGCUCAGAAGAGGAGGAAGACAUCGCUGGUGGGAAGGAGGCUGUCAAAUCGGGCGCCGAGCGAUUGGCGGAGAAACGCAAGAUGAAGCGCUUUAGGUUGACGCACGCUCAAACACGAUAUCUCAUGAGCGAAUUCUCCCGUCACGCUCAUCCCGAUGCAGCUCAGCGAGAGAGACUAUCACGGGACAUUCCCGGAUUGAAUCCUCGCCAAGUACAAGUAUGGUUUCAAAACAGGCGGGCGAAGCUCAGGCGACUGACAACUGAUGAUCAAGAGCGGAUGAGGAGGUCAAGAGCCCUUCCUGAGGAUUUUGACUUCAGCCAAACGCUACAGCCUUCUUUCAGAGAACCUCGAUUCUCGUACGCGUCUACUAUGACCGAGCCUUUGAUGCUCGGGGGUGGCAUGAGUCAAAGACCUAGUCUGCGACUUGGGAUCGGUCACUUGAGCACGGCGUCAAGCAGCAUGAAUUCAAACUUCACCAACCACGCUCCGUCGCCAGUUUCUGCAACAGGCUCCGCAGGUCCAUCCCCAGUUUCUUCAAUCAACGAAGGAUCUGAACGUUCAGGUCCAUAUUUCUCUGCAACGCAGUCCCCCCUUGUCACCAGUCCUCAAUUUACGAAUCCAUUCGGUCGCUCUCUCAGUCUGUCUGCAGGUUCCUCUGCCUUUCAGCGCCUAGAUCGGCCUUCCAAUCAGAACAGCAUGAUGGAACUAGGUGGCCAAUCAAUUACAACUACCUCACCCUCGAGUUCGUCCCUCGCCAGUAAUACCUAUGGUUAUGAGAACUUGCCUCCCCUACAAUUUAGCAGAAACCAGUUUCAAACACGAAACGGCCAGCGUUUCGGCAGAGUUCAGACUACUGACGGGCUCUCACAUGAGAGUGGCAUGGCGAUGGACCAACGCUGCAUCUCUCAACAAUCAUCGCAAAAUACUCUGUCCUACGACCAGUCCCAUAUGCUUUACCCUUCCGGCUCUGGAUAUCGGCCAUCGUCCUACUACCAGAGUCCAGACACCAAUUUCUGGCACGGGAGUCAGAUGUGCGCUCAGGGGUAUCCAUACGGACAGCAAUUACCGCCUCAUCAGACAAGCGAGGAACGACCCGGGAGUCCGCCAUCGCAGAGUUCGCUCUCCCAGGAUGCUUCUGUCAAUCGGUAUGACCAACGCUCCUACAGCCAUAGCGACCAGUACUACAAUAAGUCGAGCUCAUCGGCUCAAGAGAUGAGCACGGAGACCGAUGCUCAAGCUCAGCGGAGAACCGUGGGAGAAGAAGAAGUCGCUACUGGUGCCAACAGGCAGCCAGCGUCAGACAUUGCUCGGCCGAGAGCGAGGUCAGAUACGUUUCCCACGUACUACAAUGCUCAAUGA